GGAAGAGGACGCUUCCUGGUUGCGGAUCACGUGGUGUGUCACAGUUGAGGCGUUCAAAGAUCGAGUUCAGCAGCAGCACCGAAAUGUCGCUCCGAUACCCCGACAAAGUUGUCAUCGUGACGGGGGGGUCCAAAGGCAUCGGGAGAGGGAUUGUCAAAGUGUUCGUGGAGAAUGGAGCCAAAGUGGUGUUUUGUGCAAGAGGAGGUGCAGCAGGUGAGGCUCUGGAGGCGGAGCUAAACAAAACCGGGCCUGGCUCGUGCAAAUUUGUCACAUGUGACAUCUCCAAAGAGGAUGACAUCAAGAGACUGGUCGACGUCACGGUGGCGCGUCACGGACACGUGGACUGCCUUGUCAACAACGCGGGGUGGCACCCUCCUCAUAAAUCCACCGAUGACGUCACGGCGCAGGAGUUCCUGGACCUGCUGAAUCUGAACGUCGUCAGCUACUUCUUGGCUUCUAAGUACGUGCUGCCGUACCUACGGCAGCGUCACGGAAACAUCAUCAACGUGUCCAGUCUGGUGGCGACCAUCGGUCAAAAGCACGCCGCCCCGUACGUGGCCACCAAGGGGGCGAUCAUAUCCAUGACGAAGGCGAUGGCCGUGGACGAGAGUGUCCACAACGUGAGGGUGAACUGCAUCUCUCCAGGCAACGUGCUGACGCCGCUGUGGGAGGAACUAGCAGGACAAACACCCGAUGCUGCUGCAGCCAUCAAAACAGGAGAAACCCACCAGCUGCUGGGGCGCAUGGGCACCGAGGGGGAGAGCGGCCUGGCCGCCUUGUUCCUGGCCGCGGACGCCACUUUCUGCACCGGGAUCGACCUGCUGCUCAGCGGAGGAGCCGAACUCAACUACGGCGUCAAGAGUCAGAUCCACACCUGACCGUCGCCCCGCCCCCCCUCCCCUCACCCGAGCACCCAAGGGACCAGAUCAAUGAGUCGCAGCCUCCGCGCCAUUUCCAAAAGAGAUUCUGCAUGUUUACGGUGUCUUCAGUCAUGUGAUCGUCUGCCACAGCAGCCUCUUAUAAACGUCUUAUUUGUGCAAGCUUUGAGUUCGGGUCAAUGUGUUUGGUUAAAGGGUUAAACUUUAAAUUUUAGAAUCAGUAUUAUUAAUAUUACAGGUGUAAUAUUAAUAUGAUGUUUUAUUCUCUGUAUUGUAAACCCUUUAUGCUCCUAUGUGUUUGGUGAUCUACCUAUUUCCUAAUUGUCUUUGCACAUUGACUUUUUAUGCAUAAUAAUUGUGCAAUAUUAUUAAACUUGACAGGACUCGUCCUGGUCCCAACGGG